AGUUGUCCUUCAACUCCAUGUCGCCUUCUCUCGGCCUCUUCCUUCGGUACGGAAUUUUGGCGGUUAUUUUUAAGAAUGGUUUCUGUGAUGAACACGAAUACAGAUUGACAAAAUACUUGUUGGAGGGAUACGAUGCAGCUGUGAGACCAGCAAAAAAUUCCUCCCAACCUUUGGCCGUUAUCUUUGGUCUUUCUCUUCAUCAUAUAAUCGAUGUGGAUGAAAAAAAUCAAAUACUAACCACUAAUUGUUGGGUAACACAAAUUUGGACCGAUCAUCAUUUGAAAUGGAACGCCUCGGAAUUCGCAGGAAUUCGAGUAAUUCGUGUCCCAUACAAUCGCGUUUGGAGACCUGAUAUUAUACUCUAUAACAACGCAGAUCCACAGUACAGUUCAGCGAUUAUAAAUACAAACGUAAUCGUCAGUCACACGGGCGAAGUAGUAUGGCUUAGUCAUGGUAUUUUUCGUAGCAGCUGUGACAUAGAUGUUGAAUUUUUUCCCUUCGAUGAGCAAAGGUGUGCCUUAAAAUGGGCAUCUUGGACUUACGACGGAUAUCAGCUCGAACUUGAAAAACAGAGCGAACAAGGCGACGUAACUAAUUACAAAGCAAACGGUGAAUUCGAUCUCGUCGAUUUUUCUGCCAGACGAAAUAUCGAGUAUUACUCCUGUUGUCCAGAACCUUACCCGGAUAUCACUUAUGAGAUCCGUUUACGACGGCGAUCCAUGUUUUACGUCUUCAAUCUCAUACUUCCUUGCAUACUUAUCAACGGUAUCGCUCUACUGGUAUUCUAUGUACCUUCGGAAUCUGGAGAAAAAGUUACUCUUGGAAUCUCGGCUCUUCUUUCGAUGACUGUCUUCCUCAUGACAAUACGCGAGACUCUUCCACCGACGGAAAAGACACCUUUGAUAAGUCUCUAUUAUGGAGUAAGCAUUUGUCUCGUGUCGUUCGCGUCAGGAUUAGCGGUAUUGACUUUGAAUUUACAUCAUCGUGGCACGAGAGUACCCGAAGUUGUGAGAUCGUUAUUUCUACACAAGUUGGCAAGAAUAGUGUUUCUUAAUUUUCAAGAAGAGAAUAAGCCGGGAUCCGCAGAAUCGAUGAGAAAGGUAAACAGUUGUCCAUUACAUUCUAAAACUGAUUUAUCUCAGCAACAAAUGACGUCACCUAAGCACGUUAAGAGAAAGCAGGAUGGUGACAGUAUCAGUCCUAAUCUUGAUUUUGGAAAAGAUAAUAAUUUGGAAACUCAAUGGACUCGCAUUUUGGGAAGAGUGCAUGCAACUAUUGAGAGAAACGAGAGGCGUUUAGCCGAACAAGAUAAAAGGGAAAGAACGGAAUUAGAAUGGAAACAAAUUGCUCUUGUUAGCGAUCGUAUAUUGUUAGGUAUUUUUUUUCUUAUGACUAUCGUUAGCACAGCUGUUAUCUUAUACGGUUCACCUCCUACUACGGAGAGCAAAAACGAUGGCUAAUCAUAAAAAUUAUUUAAAAUUUUAUUAAAGUCAAUUUUGUAUAAAACGUCAAAUUACAAUUGUUCAGUGUAUUGAUUAUAUUUAAUCGUACAAUAUAUGAAAAAUAUUAAAGUAUUAGAAUGACAGUAAUUAGAGAAGAAAAGAAGACUUUGGAACUUGUUGUAUAGUUCGAUUGUAUAGUUUCUUUUUUUUCGUGCGGCUAAUAUUAAGAGCAUGUUUGGCUAUACUUUUUUACACUGUGGAAUUUAAUAAUCAUAAGUUUACUUGUUAAAGACAGACGUCAUUGUAAAUAUUAUAUCGAGUAUUAUAUACGAACAUCUAUCUCAGCUGCUAUAAUUCAAUUGAUAAUUCAUAGUCAGGUACUGGUGCACAGGCAAUCUUUACAAAAUCUUCAUAUUUGACAUUACCAUUGAUGGAUACAUUGGCCUCUCGAAAGAUUUGCUCAACUUUAAUACAAAUACGUAUAAAGAUUUUUUGAAGAAGCAUGUGAGCCAAUUGUCGUGCAGGUAUAGUACCGGUAUGAGCAGUAUCUGCAGCUUGAAAAGCUUCUAUAACUUCUUUUGGAAGAUCUUCCGCUCUUGUUUGCAAAUGCAUGGCUUCCAGAAAA